AUGGAUGUCGCGAUGAGAAAUCACCCGGCAUGGUCAGCGCGCGACGACAAACAUCUUCCCGAGGACGACGCUUUCACUGCCUGCUGCACAACUGCGAAAAAAUACUCUUUUGGUCUAUUCUCACAGCUACCAACAGAGCUCCGCCUGCAAAUCUGGGAGUGGGCCAUGCCGGAGCGACGAGGAAGAGAAGUGGGAUCAUUAUCCUAUUCAGCAUUCCAACAAACCUCAAAUUGUGGUCUUCCGAGCCUUCUCUGGGUGAAUAGGGAAUCACGACAAGUUUCUCUGCGUAUGAACAAGUACGAUGUCAGAGAUGACUUGUUGAAACAACUACUGCCCCGCCAAAACCAUCAUUUCGAGUAUAUUGUCGACUACGAGCUAGACACAUUUGUCUUUCGAGAUGUCCCAAACUUCAUUCGAUACUAUUCCGCUCUACAAUUCUACGGAUCUCAAACCUCUUUCUUGGCUGUGAAGGCUGAGCUAGGAAAGAUUGGCCAUCUCAAAGUCGACGCCCUUGAUCCUACCCCGGAUUGGUUUAGCUCACAGAUUGAGGAGCAUCUUCGAUUACUGCUUCCAGUCUUUCCAUCAUUACAGACUGUUAGCUUUGCACUUCACAUACAAGUUGGCGAUGCCAGCUGGGCUGAAUUGAAUCUGGAAUCUGCACGGAUUAUUGGAACUCAGUUUCUGGAAGAAAUUCAAUGCCAACAAGAAACUGGAACUUCGAGACUACCUCCGAGAUUGAAGCUUGAAGUUGUUGAGAUUCCUUGA